GCCGACGACGAGCGCCCCCACAUCGUCCUCGCCGUCGUCGACGACCUCGGCUGGAGCGACGUCGGGUACCAGGGCAGCGGCGACCUCGGCGGCGCGACGCCCCAGCUCGACGCCCUCGCCGCCGAGGGCGUGGCCUUCGAGGCGCUCUACGGCGCGGCGGAGUGCACGCCGUCGCGGGCCAUGCUGCUCACGGGCCGGCACGCCGUCGCCCUCGGCCUCCAGGACAGCGUCAUCCACGGCACGGAGCCGCGGGGCCUCGACCUGACCGUCGCGACGCUCGCGGACAAGCUCGGGGCCCGGGGCUACGGCACGUCGGCCGUCGGCAAGUGGCACCUGGGCUUCCACACGCCCAAGUACCUGCCGCGGCGGCGGGGCUUCGACAGUUUCUUCGGCAUCUUGACGGGCGGCGGCGACCAUUUCGCGCACUCGACGACGGAGUCGUUCUCCGUCCGCGGCAACCUGACGUCGUCGACGACCCACGGCGCCACGGGGCGGAAUUUGUGGGAGGACGACGGGCCCCUGGGCGCCGACGCCUUCGCCGGCUACGACGGCGUCCACACGACGGCGCUCUACGCCGAGCGGGCGCUGAAGAUCGUCGACGCCAAGUUCUCUUCGAAGGACCCCCACUUCCUCUACCUCGCCUACCAGGCCGUCCACGGCCCCGUCCAGGCCGACGCG